UCGCUUCUCAAAUCAAAUCCUAGCCUCUCUUCGAGCCACGCCGCCGCCCGUCCGUCGAGCCUCGAGGCCGUCCGUCCGUGUAGCCACUGCCCCCAAGUCUCCAACCCCUAUUCUCUUCUUCCGCGAGCUCGGCACAUCCGUCGUCUUCGUCUUCCCACCGUCGUCUGCAUCUUCUCGCCGGAAGAGAAACCCACUAGCAGAACUGCCCGAAGCCCCUUCUCCUCUCCUUCCCUCAGCAGAGCUACUACCCCCACUCAACCUCAACCAAAGAGAAACCCUAGUCUCCACCACCGCCGCAAGGAGUUCGCUACCACCGUAAGAAGAGGUGACACAAGCCGUAGCCACUAGCCAGCCUUUAUCGCCGCCGCCAUUCAGCUCACCACCGCCAUCCCACCGUCGUUCGGUUGGCCUUCACCGUCCAGUCUGUCGUAGCCUCCAACCACUCUGCUCUUUAGGAAGCUUUUUCGUGUCUCGUCGCAGCUCCAAUUCGGUGGUCGCCCGUCCUCCGUCCGUCUGCUGCUCGUGGUCGACGUUCUUGCUCCUUCUCCCUCAAUUACUGCUCUGAAAUCCUGAAUCUCUGUUUGUUCAUUAUUUUUUUAUGAGAAGAAAAAGCAACCUUGACAAGCCAUUGCAAGAAACACCUUGACAACCCUGAAUCCUCGUCACUCUCAGUCUCAGUCUCACUCUCUAAGGAGUUCACUGCUGCACUCACUCAUCACAACGCCAACACCAGCCUCCACCCCUCCACUCAGUCACUCCUUGCCGUCGCCUCCGGUCGUUCGGUAGUUCACCGCCUCUGUUCGCUCUUCAGCCUCUAUUCGCCCCUGCUUGCCACUUCUGUGGCACUUUACACACACAUAAUCAAAGUCCCUUGACGGUUGGCACCAAUCAUGGACGGAGAAGAGAAACCUCAUUCUCCUCCUCAACCUCUUCCCAACGAUGAUGAACAUUUUAGAAGAAACCGCAUCAUUGCUAACCUCAAAGACUCUCUCUUGUCUCAGCUCGUCAAAUCCAACCCCUCCCUCUCCCUCGAAACACGCCAUGUUUCCUCCCUCAUUCAGCAGCAUCUCAAGAAGAUGUUUCCUUCUUUCCACACCCCCACGCACCCUCCUUAUGCAUUGAUGAUACAUAGGGUAAUAUCGGAGCUAAAUGAGAAUAAAGGGUCCACUGAAGAAGAAAUUUCUAAUUUCAUUGUAAAGGAGUAUGAUGAUUUGCCAUGGGCACAUAAGAAGAUUUUGUGUAUUCAAUUUGAGAAGCUUUGCCAGGAUGAGAAGAUUGUGUGUAAUGAGGGUGGCAGAUAUGUUCUACAGGCUGAUGGUGAUGGAAUUGAUGGUGAUCGGAAGGGGAGACAGUAAUGUAAGAGUAAGAGGAAGAAGAGAGGAAAGAAGAGAAGUCAGCAUAGCAUGAAUGGAGGUGGAGAGCGAAAGCGGAAGAGAGUAAAAAUCUGUGAAGAGAUUGAGAAGAGUGAUAAGCCUAAAGAGGGAAGACAUGAGGCACAACAUCAGGUUUAUGAUUUAGGUGAUGUUAGGAUUGAUGAGCCAAUUAGUGUGGUGAAAUGGACAGAAGAGAAGGGGGAAGAAGCACUUGACCAGUCAGCUGAAAGGGUUGGAGAGCAGAAUAAAUCACAAGGGGCUGGAGUUGUAGAACAAUAUGUUGAAGUAGAGCCUCUAGCACA